CAAUAUUCAAGUCACCCAAAAGUUGCUUGCGUCACAAUCUCUACGUACAACGUACAGGCAACACCCUUAAAAAAGGGAUCGGAACCUCCACCCCAGCUCAGACGUUUGUUCCCCGCUUUGCCCCGCCGAUUGAGGAAACGCAAAAACGACAGCGAAAGGAGAGGACGACCACCUGUACGCUGAAAUAGUAAUCUGGGAUUAGAUCGGCACAUAACAGAAGCACAGGACUAGGACAUCUCCGGUGCUGAGCCAUUCAGGGUUGAGACGCGUUAAUCCAGGCAUCUUUGGACAGAUACAAGAAGUGGCGAGACCUCUUUGAACAGCGACGUCAGCGUCGGCAACAUUUUCCAUUUUAUUUUACUUUUUUGGAUAUACAAGGAGUCUACCGCCGUUGGGCCGUCACAAUCCUGUAGAAUCGUUCUGUGAUCACACGUCGAGGUCCCCUCGUCUAGUAGUCGCCUCUGAUCUAUCACCGGCACCACUGCUAAUAAACGGACAGGAGGUCCAACCGUCUUUUUCUCCAUUACCGACUCAAACAAGCACAGCGGGGAGUACUACAUUCGAUCAUACUCGCCUAUCACAGGUGAGAUCAAGCGAGAGGUAUCCUGCGAGUGCGAGCUUGGGACAGUUUUCGUACUUGUGGCGAGGAACAGGAGUCUGCACCAGGAGACGGAAAUCUGCCAGCAUUGAGUUCACCAAAAAAGUUGCCGUCCUCGUCCCAGUCACCGCCAUUGUCUUACUUGCUGCCGAGUUCAGUCAUCAAAAAUGCCAACCAUGCCGCCUAAAGACCGGCCAAACCACAUCGCCCUUCCUGUCGGCUCUACAACUCCAACAGGGAACAACUCGACGAACCCUGGUUCCCCUCGUACCCCUCCAACUGCGACCACCAACAAUCCUAUUGGGCCUCAAGCUACGUCCCCGACGUCUCGACAUUCGUUUUUGGGAUUUAUGCGGACAAGAGGUCGUUCAUCUACCUUGGGACAGCAGCCAUCGACAUCGGCCAACUUGAGCAGCCCAAUUCAAAGUCAGUUUCAAAGAGCAGCCACUCCUGAACGAGCAGGGAAUUCAAGGGCCAAUGCUCGAGAGCAGAGUAUCUCAGGGAGGGCUGGUGGCGGUAACGGGGUAGCCACGGGAAGCGGUGUGAUGAACACUGGAGCAACUGUGACGAGAACCGUCAGCACGCCGUUGAGCGGAUCGACCAUUCCCCCCGCGCCUACCACCUCGGCAUUAGCUCCUGAUGCUUCUCUCAAUGCCGCCCCUACACCUCCUGGCAAUCCUUCUAACCGGCUGAAAACCUAUCGCAUACGCCUGGUACCCCAUCUGGAAUCCAAUCGCUCCCUUCCGUUUGAGCCUGUCAUCCGCGAGAUGGCACCAAUCUCCGUUACCCCCUUCCCUGGAACGACUCCUUCCGAUUCCGCCAUGCAAAUCGCCGAUUCCGGUACUCUCUCCAGCGCUGGGGGAGGACGAACAACUGUCGGUGGGAAGCCUGUGGCCCUUGUCCUCAAGAUUGGCAGAUUCACAGACAAGUCGGACAGAUUGCCUGUUCCAACCAACUCGGCGCCUUUGGGCACAGGUGGGGGUGGAAGUGGGCAUGUAAACGGGGAUGGGACAUUAGGUCCUGACGGACCUAGGACAGGAUCAGCAACGCUUUCUGUAGCUGGCGGUGGGGGCGAGGUGACAAGCGGCAAAGCAGCGUUCAGGAGCAAAGUCGUUAGCAGGAGUCAUGCAGAGAUCUGGUGCGAGGAAGGUGGCAAAUUCUACAUCCGAGAUACUAAAAGCAGCUCGGGAACAUUCCUCAAUCACAUCAGGUUAUCUAGCCCGAACACGGAAUCAAGACCCAUGAUGCUCAAGGAUGGGGAUGUUCUCCAGCUUGGAGUCGAUUAUCAAGGCGGCACCGAAGACAUGUUCAAAUGUAUCAAGAUGAGAGUAGAAGUUGGACGUGAAUGGCAGCGAGGCGCCAACGAAUUCAACACUAAUGCGCUCAAGCAACUCAAAGCUCUUGGCGGAGACGUUUCUGUUUCUGACAAUAAAGGUAAAGAUACACCCAGUAAGAAGGCGAAAGCAAGCGUGACAGACUGCUGUAUCUGUUUGUUUUCUGUGACAGUUUGCCAGUCGCUUUUUAUAGCGCCGUGCUCACAUGUCUUUCAUUACAAAUGCAUUCGACCGCUUCUCUUACAACAUUACCCUGGUUUUUCUUGUCCUCUUUGUCGGACUUUUGCGAAUUUGGAAGAAGACGUCGAGACCGAAGAUGCUUGGGAAAUCGCAUCUCGCAGAGCAAGCGUCAUCUCACGACGACCUUCCAACCAUUCCAUUCUGCCUGCCGGAUCAUCCACGCCUGCUGCUGCUGCCGCCACCGCAAUUGAAAGUAAUGGCAACGGCGAUGUCGGCACAGCUAUGGUUGUGGGGGACAACGAGGUUGCUUCUGCUGGUGAACUUUUACCUGCUCCCCAGGCACCAGGGGAACCAGAAGGUCUGCAGGCAGGCAUGCCAUUAGCCAGGCAGGCUACAGCUGUCGCCCAAGUCGAUCCCAUAACAGCUGGACUCGACCUUACGUCCGAAACCAUCACCACAGUGCCUGAAGAAGCUGAAGGUUUUGUUGCUCCAUCGGCCUCGACCAUCCCCCGCCCAAUUGUGCACCCGGCUUCUUACGAUCAAUCUGGCAAUAGUACCUUUUCUGAAGCCGCCACACCCAUGAAUGAUACCUUUUUGAGCACGUUGGCGCUCGCGCCAGGGAUGAUUCAGCGGCUAGAGCUCGCCGAUGAAGUGAGCCAGGCGGGUACCGGUAGUCUGAGUGGGAUGACCGGAAGUAAUGCGGGAAGUAAUGGAGGGAGUAAUGUGGGAAGCAGAAAUGAGAGUCGAAGGCAGAGUAGGGAGAUUGAGAGGAACGGCGACAUGUACCCUUGAUAAUAUUAGAGUUGUUCAGCUUCCAAGACACGUAGGUAAGGUACCUUAUGGAUUGUAAUCAUCUUGACCCUCAAGUUGG